AACUUUACUUAUAUUUCAUUCCGGCUGCAUUGAACAGUAUUUUGUUAUUUACAUUUUGUUUACAUUUCUAACAUAGUUUUUAAUUAUUAAAAUGUCUCAGGCGGAUUUCAAACAAACUUUAAGAAAGUUAGACUUUCCAGCUUGCGCAAAGGAGGCGCUGCCGCGUAUAGAGAGCAUAGUGGUCAGCCGCAAUAAACAAAACUUUGCAAUUCAACUUAUUUCCGAAUUUGUGUUUAUGGAACGUCCCAAAGAUGCUGUAGAUAUUCGUAAAGGACAAGCUUUUAACGGCGCACAAUUGAAUUCGUUUCAAGAAUUUCAACUCAUAGUAGUACUCAUUGAAUAUUUCUCUCAACCUGGACCAGAUGCUACACGCAAUGUGGUAUUUCUCUCACUGUUUGGCAGCAAUCUUACACCACAACGUUCCAAAAUAUUGUGUCGUUUAGUGAGCACUGCUGUUUCGGGUUCUGUUGCACCACUGCUCUCCUCCGCUGGAACUUGGAUGCAACAAGUGGGUUGCAUGAAUCCACCAAGCCUGGAGGUGGCACAAAGUUUGGUGAGUGAUUUUGUAACAUUUUCACGAAAAACAUCGGAACAAUUCAAGCAGCUACCAAUGGUUGCACCACACUUCGCCGCUAAUCUUAUGACAACUGUGGCGGAUUUAUAUAUGAAAGAGCAGCAAGGUACAUUAACACCACCACCUGAUGCGCUACUCGAUGUAUUCACCGAAUGGAUAAGUGAAAAUCAUGACUUAUGCUUAGCAUCCCAACAGCCUUUAGCGUUACCGAGCGGCGCCAUAGCAAUGCCCGUUGUCACACCUUUAGCAGGGCUUAUACGCUGGGCAGUAUUGUCACCGAUGUUCUCUAAUCGAUCAUCAUACAGUAAUUUACACCUAUGGCUACUGCAAACAAUGAUGCAAAUAGUUACUGUUGGUCCGCCAACAGCAUUAAACGCACAACAUGUGGCACAAAUUGUGGGCCCACUGCAAUCAUAUGUGGCACGAUUGGUUGCCGACAAGGUCGAACCCAACGAUGAUACGGCAUAUCAAAAGAGUAUGGAGCGCUUAUCGCAAGCAGUGCAGGUAGCGGUAUCUGUAAAUUGCAUGUAUGGCAAUAUACCACAGUUACUGUGUCUCUUGGAAACACUACCACCACAUCCACUCAUGACAAUGGUUAUAAAAUCAAAUAAAAAAAAUUGA